UUAGAGAGAGGUGUGUGAACUAUUGUGGCAAGAAUUAACAUAUCAGUUAUCUUUUGUGUUCACAUUUAAUAUUAACAAAUGACAUUUGUCCGUAUGUGGCACCAUUUCCACGACCAUUUCUUUUUGUAUCUUCGGCAAUACAAAAAUUGCAUUAAUACAAUGAUCUGAUAGGACCUCUUCAUUGUGUGGCAGGAAGUAAAGGCACGUCAUCUGGAGCGAGCGACAAUAGUUGAAUCACAGAUCCAGGAUUUGGUCCCGGCAUGGGGGACAUGAAGACCCCAGAUUUCGAUGACCUAUUGGCAGCAUUUGACAUUCCUGACAUCGAUGCUAAAGAGGCCAUCCAGUCUGCUGAUGAGGCUGACGGGCCAGGCGGUGCACCUCUGGGAAAGCCGGACGAUGGGGUUGGUGUAGGGCCAUCUCUGAGACCAGCUAGCCCCACGGACCCACAGGCUGACACCCCUAUUGUCAGCGUUAUCGUAAAGAACUGUGUACGGCCUGACAUUGAUGGAGGGGAUGAGGACACAGACCAGAACACUAUGGACAGCAUUGUCGGGGUCGCUAUGGGUCCACGGCUCGGUGUCUGUGCCCCAGACAUAGCGGAAUCUGAACCACUCAAUCACAAUGGGUUUGGGGCUGCUGGUAUAACUAUGCCCCUAACCCAGGCUCAGGCCCAAUCUAAUGGGGAGCCGUGGUCAGUGUCUACCCCCAAAACGGAGGGUGGAGGAGGCGGUGCUGGAUCAACUAAAUUAGUCAAGCAGGUUGGCAAUAUAUUAAACAGACUGAAGCCUCUCAUGGCGCAAGGGUCGGGAGACCCUGUAGGGAGGGCGAGGAAGAUGCAGCUCCUACAGCAGCAGCACACACGGCAAGAGGCAGGCAAAGAAGCUUCGUUAUCCUCCUCUUCAUCUGUUAUGUCUGCGCCUGUUGUCUCAGGAGUGUCAGUAGGACUGUCCUCUCCUUUCUUCCCGCCUUCCAAGCCUCUGCUCCAGUCACCGCCAUCCGCCCUCUCCUCACACCCGUUGCACUCAUCUCAGCCGUUUAACGGGGCACCUAAAGCCGGCCCGACAUUGUGUCCCAGAGACUCAGGGGUUGAUUCAGAUCCGGACCUAGGGCCCCCGCUGCUGAUCCAGGAACCCCCUGGCUCCCCCUCCCGCACCCCUCCCAAACUGACCCGUCGUUUUAGGUCCUCUGCUGGCAGCUCUGACUCCACCCAUCCCAUGGCCUCAUCGGCAGCUCACCCCAAACCAGGGGACACUCCCUCGGGCUGUAGAGUGACCUCAACCGCCCAGUCAGGCUCCACCAAGAGUCUACCACAGGAAGACAAACACCCAGAGCAUGUUAUAGAAGAGCGAGACUCACCUGAAAGUCCUGAGCCAGAAAUACCCAUAUCGGCUGCACCAGUAACCGCCAAGAGGUGCUCCAGCCCUGCAGUAGCCUCCACACCACCCCCCUCAGACCUUCAGGAGCCUAAGGAGGAGGAGGAGGAGGAGGUGGAAAAUGGAAUAGAGAAGGCUAUGGAUGGAAAGGCAGAUUUUGGAGAGGAAGAGGGUGCAAGAACAGGAGAGGAGAAAAUGGAAGUGGAUGAUGGCAAGUCUACACCUCCAACCACUGAAAGUUGCACCUCAACUCCAGGAGGGCCUGCUGCUCCUGCCCGGCCCCUCAAAGUGCGGAUAAAAACCAUCAAAACCUCCACUGGUGGAAUCACCAGAACUGUUACCAGAGUCGCACCCAAAGCAGGUGCUGCUGGAGCCAAGGGUUUGGAGCCUAGCAAAGCUCCACCAGGGGUGCGGAAGACCCCAGUCAACAGGGCCUGGAAACCUGACACUCCCUCUGGUCGUAUGGCACCCUCCCAGUCACAGAAAGCAAAGAGUCUCAACACACUACCCAUGUCUACACUAGCAGCCAGUAGUGCUAUGCUAGCCGCUGCAACCAAGGCUCAGAACAAGAUGGCUGCCUCCUCGGACUCGGACAAGGCCAAGGUAUCUGCCACUGCUGUUAGCAUCACUAAAUCUGCCGCCCUGCCUGCCACUCCCUCGGUUGCCUCCUCUCCGAAGUUCUCAGUAGCCACGGGUGGGAUGAGUGUACGUCCUGUUGGUGCUAAAACGUCUAAUGGGGGCAGCGCCAGCGUCCUAACCGGUACUCACCAGCCAAACAAGCCUGCCUCCAUUGUGAACAGCACGGGCGCCGUCAUUUCCCGCAGCCAGUCUAGCCUGGUGGAGGCCUUCAACAAGAUCCUCAACAGCAAGAACCUGCUGCCCAGUUAUAAGCCUGACCUCUCGGCGGCUCCGCCCCCAGAGUGGGGGCUCCCUCUGCCUGCCAUGGGCUACCGCUGUCUAGAAUGUGGCGAUGCCUUCGCCUUGGAGCGCAGCCUGGCUCGCCACUAUGACAGGCGCUCGCUGCGCAUCGAGGUGACCUGCAACCACUGUGCCAAGAGGCUGGCCUUUUUCAACAAGUGCAGCCUGCUGCUCCACGCCAGGGAGCAUAAGGAACGAGGGCUGGUAAUGCAGUGCUCUCACCUCAUCAUGAGGCCCGUCACCGUGGAGCAGAUGAUUGGCCAGCAGGACACCACACCCAUCAGCAUGUGUUCCCCUUCUUCAAUCUCCUCUCCUCCUCCAGUCUCCUCCCCCUCCACCACGUCCGGAGCCCCCGCAGUGUCAUCCAGUUCCAGCCCACUGAAGGACACACAGUCUCCCUCUGCAGCCCAGCUGAGACCGGUCCGCCGUGCGCCCCAGAUCCCCCAGGUGCUGAUGCCCCUCCCCAGCAAGAAGGGAGAGGUGCUGCAGUACCACAACUUCAAGUGUCCCGAGUGCCAGGCCCAGUUCUCUGGCAAGGCCGAGCUGGUCGCCCACUUCCAGCAGAUCAGAGCUACCCCCAACUCGACCUGUAUGCUGUGCUCCCCUCCCAUGAUGCUGCCUAACUGGUGCAGUGUGUCGGCUCACCAGAGGAUUCAUAAGCACCGGGCACCCCACGUCUGUCCAGAGUGUGGGGGCAUCGCCCGGCAAGCCAGCUUCCAGACCCACCUGGAGGAGGCCUGUCUGCACUUCGCCCGCCGCAUUGGAUACAGGUGCUCCAGUUGCCAGGUGGUCUUCGGGGGUCUGAACUCCAUCAAGUCCCACAUCCAGACGGCCCACUGCGAGGUGUUCCACAAGUGCCCCAGCUGCCCUAUGGCCUUUAAGUCUGCCCCUAGUGCACAGGGACACAUCAGCACCCAGCACCCCACCCUCACCGGGGGACAGGCCAAAUUGAUCUACAAGUGUGUGAUGUGUGAUACAGUUUUUACCCAGAAACCCUUACUGUACAUGCAUUUCGACACCCACCUGGCCAAGCAGAAAGUGCAUGUGUUCAAGUGUCCUGACUGCACCAAACUCUACGCACAGAAAGGUUCCAUGAUGGAACACAUAAAGACUGCUCACAGAAGGCAGUCAGUCAAACAGGAGGGCCAAUCCAAUGCAUCUGCCCCUGCCCCCACCAACCCCUCAGCCCUCUCCCUCCCAAAAUCCAAGCCCUCUGCAAAAAAGGACAACUCAGAUGGGGAGGACUGGGGCCGAGACCAAGAGGAGGAGGAAGGAGAGGAAGAGGGGGGUGAGGACUAUGAGGAACCUGAUAAUCAGUCUAGUUCUAUGGAGGUAGGCAGCCAUCGUGGGACCAUCUCAGAAUGGAGCUGCCAGCAAUGUCAGAAGACCUUCACACAGAGCGACGACUACAUCUCUCACAUGAAGACAGAGCACGGAAAGACUAUGAAGAAGUUCCCGUGUUGUGUGUGUGAGAGCUCCUUCUCCACCUCUUCCAGCCUGCGGCGCCAUGUACGCGUCAUCCACGAGGGCAACAAGAGAGUCUUCCACUGCCAAUAUUGCACAGAGGGCAAGCGGACCUUCAGCAGUCGGCUCAUACUGGAGAAGCAUAUCCAGGUCCAUCAUCACAGGGUCAGAGCCACUGACGGACAGAUCAGGAAGCGUUCAGUCCCGGGUAAGGGCCCAGGCAGCUCAUCUGAACUUGACGGGGAGCCACCAGGGGACGAGGAAGGGGGCGGCACGGACAGCAGAGAGGCCACAGAGGAGGGCAGCAUUCCUGUGAAGAAAACGCGAGCGUCGGCGCUUCCCGAGCCCGAGGAGGACGACAACGUGUUCCGCUGCGUGCCAUGCGGCUUCGCCACGGAGGACGGCGCCGAAUUCCAGCGCCACAUCCCGCAGCAUUGCGCUGAUGCCGCCUCCUUCCAGUGCCUGCAGUGUGGCGUGUGCUUCGCCUCGGCUGGCUCCCUGGGACGCCACCGUUUCAUCACCCACCGUGUGAGAGAUCCCCAGGGGGAGUCACACCACAGGCCACCCCGCACCACCUCCUCCCCGGACGACUUACCCUCGUCCCCACAGGACGGAGAGGACGGUAAGGGGAAAAUGAGCUGCAGGGUGUGCAGCCGGCGCUUCGACAGGGCCUCCGACCUUAACACCCACUUGAGGACCCAUGGCAUGGCCUUCAUUACUGCCCACAAGACGGACAAGCCCCAGUAGGGUGAAGUUGCCCCUCGAUGCUGAUCCUGGGUCAGUUUUGAAUUUCCCUCACUAAUGGUUAGGAUUGGGGGAGAAGAAGCAGAUCCUAGAUCUCUAACUCGGGAAAACUUCACUCCAGAGCCGGACAAGCCCCAGUAUGGAAAGGAGGGGUGAGGCCUCGGAGUAACCGACAGGCCUGGGAGAUGAGGGGUUUUGACUUGGAAUACUUUUAGGGGAACUGAAUGUGGAUAGAUGAGAGCUGACCCAGAUGUACUUCUGUGCCGUUUUGAGCCACUUGACCUCCUUUGUCACACCUGCAUGCUGAGCAGUGGCCUGGACACGCAUGAGGAUGGGAGUUCUGAGGGUCAAGACCACCUGAUCAUAGCAUCGAUAUCGGCCAUACGUGUCCAACUUUUCCAUGAUUGUGUAUGUUUUUCUGCCAUUAAUAUGGUUUGUCUAUCUUUAAUGUGAACCAUGCUAUCAUUUCUACAUGCAUUUCCUUCCUUUUCCAAGCUGUGUCUUGAAAGGUAUUCUGUCUCGCGUUGCAUCCACACCGACCCACUGUACAAAGAAAGCACUCUUGUUGGUCAUAGAUCAGUUUCUAUGGGUCCACCUCUUUAGUGAGGGUUCGAUAACUGUUCUCAAAUCAGUAUCUGAAGCAAAAAAUAGUAUUGAGAGUAACACUGAUUUUAAGUACUAAUGACAUUGUUCUAUUUAUUUAUAUGAAACACAUUGUUGUCGUUGUUUGUGAGACAUUGCAGCCAAUCUUAUGGUAAAGGGAACUUGAAAUGUAUGACACAGACAGGUGAGAUUUAUUUCUCUGUUUUGAUACGCUGAACAAAAAUAUGAACGCAAUAUAUAAAGUGUUGGUCCCAUGUUUCAUGAACUGAAAUAAAAUAUCCCAGAAAUGUUCCAGGCGCACAAAAAGCUUCUCUGAAAUUUUGUGCACAAAUGUGCUUUUAGUGAGCAUUGCUCCUUUGCCAAGAUAUGCCACACCUGUUUGGUGGAAUAUCAAGAAGCUAAUUAAACAGCAUAAUCAUUAAACAGG